CCAAUAUCACAGUCUUCCUCGAUUGUCUAGGCUCUCAGAAAUACAAGAAUCAAGAAAAGAUUUAAAAAACCAGUGUUUAAAAUGAUCCUUCAGAGACUCAAAGCUGGUCAGCGAAUGUUGCAUGUUAUCACUGUUACCACUUAUAUUAUUACUAUUAUUAUUGAGAAACUGACUGAAACAAACGUGUUAAUACACACUGGCCAAUAGGAAUGCAUGAAUAUUUAUAAAUAUUACGACGAGAUACUGGCAAUGCGAUUUUUUCGGUCAAUACGUAAAAAUUUGGCUAUAUUUUGAGGUGAUGAAUGAAAUUUCAGAUAUUUGUUUGUUCGCACCAAUUUUACAAAUCCCAAACUAGCACGUAUUUAAGUGCGAGGUUAUCAGUCUUCGCUAAUUCAGUUUUCACAAGACUAAAACUUUACAAAAUGUGGGUCGAGGGUAAUGAAACUCCAAGUCUUGGCUCAGUACCAGUUACUGAAGGAAAGUUUGAAGAUAUGCCUAAGAAUGCCCAACGCUUUGUUGCUAAAUGGGUGGGAAUUUGCAAACCAACAAGCGUGUACAUAUGUGAUGGUAGUGAAAAACAAAAAAAUGAACUCAUUGAAAAAUUGCUAAAGAAUGGUUCAAUGCAUAGAUUGCCUCCAUAUGAAAAUAAUUUUAUCACAUGUACAGAUCCUAAAGAUGUUGCUCGUGUUGAAUCUAAAACAUGGAUUUGUUCAGAACAUCAAAAAGAUACAGUACCUGAUGUUGCACCGGGUGUUAAAGGUGUUCUUGGCCAGUGGAUAUCACCGGAAAAUUUAAAUGUAGAAAUUAAAGAUCGUUAUCCAGGCUGUAUGGAAGGUCAAGUCAUGUAUGUAAUACCAUUUAGUAUGGGUCCUGUUGGUUCACCAUUGAGUAAAGUUGGUAUUGAGAUAACUGAUAGUAUAUAUGUUGUUCUGUGUAUGACUAUUAUGACACGUAUGUGUCCAGAAGUAUGGAAAGUUAUUGAGUCUAGCAAAGAAUUUGUCCGAUGUGUACACAGUGUUGGAUGUCCCGCUUCAUCUACCCAUAAAAUUGUCAAUAAUUGGCCGUGUAAUCCAGAGAAAACGCUUAUUUCACAUGUACCAAAAGAACGUCUUAUCAUGUCCUAUGGUAGUGGAUAUGGCGGGAAUUCUCUUCUGGGUAAAAAAUGUUUUGCUCUACGUAUUGCUGGUUGUAUUGCACACGAUGAAGGCUGGUUAGCUGAACACAUGUUAAUUAUGUCUGUGACUAAUCCAAAGGGUGAAGAAAAGUUUAUUGCUGCUGCUUUCCCCAGCGCUUGUGGUAAAACAAAUAUGGCUAUGCUUGAACCAGCAUUACCUGGCUGGAAAGUUCAGUGUGUUGGUGAUGAUAUCGCUUGGAUGCGAUUUGAUGAAAAUGUAAGCAGAACUUUAAUUAAUUGUUUUAAACAAUUUAUUUUUUGAAAAAGGGAUUUCAUUAAGCUACCUUAGAAUAACUUUGGUUGGAGUAGAAUUCCACGAAUUAAUAAAAUGACUAAGCAGUAGAUCAGGUUUCUUCCUCUUCUUCUCAGAGGGAUCCAACUCUGAAAAGUCGUGUAUUGACCAUUCUAUACUGGUUACCUUUAAUUUAGAUGUUUGUUGGAAACGAGACCUGAUGGUUCUUCUCAAAGAUUAGUCAACAGAAAACCAACAUGGAUUGAUGUGAUCAGUGAUUUAUGAAGCCCUACAGUUGAAGAACUUUCAAUAUCAUGAAAUCAACAGUAACAUAAAUAAGUUCUUACAUUAUUGUUCCAAGAAUGGCUUUGAAAUUGUGGCAAAGAACUGUUUAUUAGAUGCAUUAAGGCAAACUAUAGUAAAUGAUAGUUAAAAAAAUACUGAGGUGAAUAUUAAUAUAUCUCAUUUUGCGCUGGGAAAAGCACGAAUCAACUGUCAUGGAGAUGAGAUAAUCAGUGCGGAAUAAUGAAAUAUCUAUGAUACGAAGAUUUGUUUUCAUCAACGCAGGAUAAAUGGAGCUAGGUAAUAAUAAUUCUAAGAGAACUAAACAUAUAUAAGGUAUGCACAAUGAUUAAUAAAGUGAAAUGUUCACUUUCUGACGAAUAAUGGAACACAAAUUGACAUUUUUAAAUAUUUCCUCAUCAGAAAGCAUUACUCCGUUAAUCUCAAAGUUGAGAAUGGUUGACAGCUAUGCCAAGUGGUAGAAUCACCGAAAAUGCUCAUUGAAUCAUGAAGAAACUACAAAGACGAUUCACAGAGGAAAAUUUUCUUUAUCUUCGAAAUCAUCUUCAGAGACAGGCUGCGCAGUCGUAUUUACUCCAUUAUUGAGUGUAGCGGGUGACAAAAUGGCUAUAAUUACUCAGAAAUGGCUUCAAAAGCAAAAAUAAAAGUUGUAAAUCACAUGUAAAGCACAACGGCACAAAGAAGGAAAGCGUUAGGAAUUUGUUGAGGUUAAAAUUGUUAUUUAAUGAGAAGAAAGGCAGUUGAAAGUCCAUUUAACAAGUGUGAAGAGGCCGAGUAAAUGACCAAAAGGAAAAUGUGAGAGUCAUUACUGUGAAUUAAUUAUUAAAGUAAAAGCAAAGUAAUUAUUAAAGAUAGAAAUUUAAACAAAUUUACAGGGAACGACUAAUGAAGAGGUUACAACCAUAGUAGGAUAAAAGACUGGACAAACCUUUUCUGUAUACAGAGUUCGGGAUUUUAUUGAUGAACUGUCAACGCCUCCGCCAUACAUAAAUUCUGAAACCUGAAAUCCUUUAUAUUAUUUGGCUUCACCUUGUAGAUGAUCUUGAAAGAUAACUCUGGUGAAACUGCUUGGCUUGAUUUCACCAAGUGCUCAAGAAUUAAGCUAGCAACUGUCUUGCUUUGUCCGUUUGCUAACCCACUAUGCCGGAUAAUGUUCAGAGAUGCGUUUGGAAAGUGUGCGGUUUAUGUGGCCAACUUAACUGGCUCCACAGGAGCAAAUGAAUUUACAAGCGCUCACUGAAGUGGCCCAAAAUGACAAUUUAUCCUCCAUAUAUCCAUUGAUCAUUUAUUGGCUGUAAAAUUUGAUCCGUAGUUCAGCUGCAAAUAAGGCUUUUCUCAAUGGUCUGAAUAAGUUGUCCUUCAAAAUGUUAUCUUCGGCAACGUUUGGGUUCUUUCAGGUUUUUGUCUUACUGUCAUUUUUUCUCGAUAUAUUUUGAAGGAUAUUCAGUUUACUUGAGGACUUGUCUGAGGCUCCCAAGUUCACCAUCAAUCGUAUCAUUGGCGCAGAUUCACUAACAAUUUUAACCCCAUCAAAUUUCCAACGCUUUCUAUCUUUGUACCACUGAGUAUUGCACAAUUUUACUUUCGAAACCACUUUUGAGUAAUUAAAUCAGUUAUGUCACCUCCUAUUACUUAAUAAUGGACUAUUAGACGUCUUUUGGUAUCUUUAAAUAGGAUUUUGCAGCCUCUGAAGAUGAUUUUGUCGACAAAGAAAAUUUUCUUCUCUGAAUUGUCUUUGUAUUUUUUUCAAACUGAUUGAAGUUAAGAUACAAUUGGUGGAUGG